CCACAAUGGACAAAGUAAACAAACGCGGCAAGCCUCUCCAAUCAUCAUCACGCGUAGCAAUUGCGAUUCCGAGUUGCGACUUCCCCGUUCCCAUUACGCUCGCAAACAUCCGAACAUAUCAUCGCCAAUUACUUGCAGCUUCAUUCAGACGGUUUCCUUCUACUGUUGCGCCGUAACUAUUCCGUCCUCAGAACGGGCUAUGCGCUUCUUGUAAGCGGCACCAUUGCCUCCCGUCGCAACCAACAAAUCCCAACCGAAACGACCGAACCGACUUUCAUCCAGCGAAGUAAAUAGCAAUGGACUCCUCCGACGAACAAUAUAUCAUUUUUGAGAAUCGCCUAGCCUCGUUUCGAGGCUCUCAGCCUGUUGUAAAGGGCCGAGUCUCCAAGGCAUUCCACUGGCCGCACAAGUCGCUUUCUCCUGUCGCGCUUGCGAAAGCCGGAUUCUUCUUCGAGCCUCACCCAAAAAGCCCCGAUAAUGUGGUGUGCUUCCUAUGCGCCAAAUCGCUGGACGGGUGGGAAGAGCACGACAACCCGAUAGAAGAGCACUUGAAGCACUCUCCGACGUGUGGGUGGGCCAUCACGGCAGCAAUCGAGGCCGGCGUGGGAAACUAUCGGAAGGUCCACCCUUUAGACCCGGCCAUGAUCGAGGCGCGGAAGGCGACGUUUGCCGGCAGGUGGCCCUACGAGUCAAAAAAGGGGUUUAAGUGCAAGACCAAGAAGCUCGUCGAAGCAGGAUGGAAGUACACCCCAUCGCUCGAUGCCGAUGACAUGGCAACAUGUGCUUAUUGCCAACUUGCGCUUGAGGGCUGGGAAUCAGACGACAAUCCAUACGACGAGCACUACCGGCGUGAGCCCAAUUGUCCAUUCUUUACCCUCAUAAGCCAGUAUCCAGCACCGAAGAAAUCGGGGCGAGCCAAGGCGCCAAGAUCGUCUAAGGCAUCGAGGCUUUCAGUCCAAUCCAUAGCGACUGUUGCCACAGGCAUAUCAGACCUUGCAUCCGCCGCUGAUAUCACGGCCGAUCAUGACGAUAGUGUCAUGACCACUGCCUCCAACAUGACACAGGGCGGAAAGAGGAUGGCGAGGAAAAAGAAGGCGGGCCCUUCCAAGGGCCGGAAGACCAAAGCAAAGAAGGAAGAUGUGGUGGAAAUUUUGGAGGAUGAACCGCCGCAGCAACAAGUUCCGCCGCAGAAAGCUCCCAGAGGACGAAAGCGGACAAGUGACGAGAUGGAGGAUCCCAUUGCUGCUGAUACCGAGGAGCCAGCUCCCAAGAAGCGGACCGCACGUGCCCGAGCAAGCAACGCUGUAGAAAACGCCAACUCGGCUGUGCUGCUGCCGGACACCGAGAUGGUCGAUGCCGCGCCGACGAAACAGGCCACGACCCGGAAGAAGGCGCGAGCCUCCCAUGCCAAAAAGGCACGUAAAACCUCGCAGUCAUCGCUGAGGUCCCAAGUGUCUCCUGCCGCAUCCCGGGUUGAUCUUCCAGAUGACGAUGAAAUCGAGUGUCAGCUCGAGGCUGAUCUAGAGCGUUAUCAGUCUGAUACUGAAGAACCUGCCGUAGGAGAGGCGGCCGCUGAUUCUGGCUCCGAAAAACCUAGGACGCCAGCUCGUGCGAAAGGACGCGGCAAGACCGCCAAUGCGCGCAAAACGAGUGGCCAGAUGAAGCCGAGGAGUGAGGCUUAUGCAAUGUUCGAUCCGACGCCUGUUGAGCCAAACCAGGCAGAAAUUGAAGCUGAGUUCAAGGCGCUGGAGGCCGAAAUGGACCUAGAAGAGCCAGAAUCAGAAACUCUGGUAGUCCCUAAGAAGGGACGCAAGGCUGGGACACGCAAGGCAUCAAAGCAGACGAAGAAGGCCAAGGAGCCCGAGCCCCAAUCAGAUCCGGCAGAUCCAGCAACGGAGCACAUCGCGAACCCUCCUGAGUCACAGUCCCAUGUUCUAGAAGAGGCACGGCCGGCAGAAACAGAGCCGGAGCCGGAGUUGGCGGACCCUGAUGCCAGUACGGGCACUGUUGUUAACAAAGCUACCAACCGCCCUAGCAUGGAGAAGCGGGGAAGAGGACGCCCAUCGAAAAAGUCGACCGCUUCUCAGGCUUCAAUUCAAGAGUCGGAGGAGCGACGGCGAUCCCCGCUGGAGCCUGAGGUGCAGUUCGGAUCGUCGCGCAAUCGCGAGUCGCUUUCUUCACUCAAGGGCAAAUCCGGAAAGAUUGCUAGGAAACCCGUGCCCGCUGCUGCCAAGCCUUCGACUCCGGCUGAAGUUAACCACUACGGCCCAGCCGUACAACCGCCGGUCAAGACGGAGAAAGCGCUCCCCUUGCCCCCGUCAUCCGCAACACGCUUGUCUCAGCCUCCAGCAACACCACCCCGGGCACGCACCACUCCCUCCGCAUCUGCCAAACAGGCGGCCAUUUCGCCGUCACAAUCUCCGCAGUCCUCUGACGCCGAGAACCGGCCACCUUCAAGUGCCGCAGCAUCCGGCGCCGCCAUUGACAAGCGCGUUGCGCUCGCGCCGAAAACCGCCACUCCCAUGCACAGCAGCUCGCCGGAAAGACGCAACAACAACAACAACAACAACAACAACAACAACAACAACAACAACAACAACAACAACAACAACAACAACAACAACAAUUUUGUCGCAGGCUUGCAAAGCACCACGCCGUGGCAGCCAGCCGACCUGGACCUGCUGUUCUCCCCGACCAGCUCCCACGAUGCGGACAACAAGGAGAACGAUGGCGUCUCAAGGCUUUUGCGCAGGGGUGCCGCGCUCACCAGCCCCGAGAAGAGGAUGUCUGUCGAGGAGUGGAUCUAUCAUAACGCCGGACUGGCCGAGCAAAAGCUCAAGAAUGAGUGCGAGGCCAUGGUGUCGGCCUUUGAGAGGGAGGGGGCGAGGGCAAUUCGCGUCCUGGAGGGACUCGUUGUUGACUAGGGUUUCGGGUUUCGGUUGUGAGAAUUCUUGUCAGGGGUUUGGCGGUGUGUAUUUGGUCGGGGUGUUCUGAGUAUAAAGGCUCGGUUUGCAGAGUGUAGGCUAUCCCUUUUGGCGUCAGAGUGUCAGGGUUUUGUCUGUUCAAUAUUUGUUUAUGCUGGUGGCUUCUUGCUCCCCAAGUCUACAUUGUCCAGUUGUAUACGGAGUACAGAAUUUUGUACCGCAGCGCCUAUGUUUGUCGCUGUCAAUCUAGAAUCUGAGCUUG